AUGAAUGAAAAAUUAAAUACUAAAACUAUAAGUUCAUGUAAAACAUUUAUUUCAAAAAAUAAGAAAUUAAUAAUUAAAAAACCAAUAACAAUAACACCAUUUCAUAUUUAUUUAAAAGAUGAACGUCAAAAAUUAAUGAAUAAAUAUCGAAAAAUGUCAAUUAAUGAUAUAAAUAAAUGUUUAUCUAAACGUUGGAAAAAAAUGUCUAAUCGAAUGAAAUAUAAUUAUGAAUAUCGAGCAUAUCUUGCUAAAAAACGUUUAUAUAAAAAACAAGGUAAAUUAAUUCGAUUAAAAAAACCUUCUUUUAUUAAACGAAUAUCUUCAAAAACAAGACAAAUAAAGAAUAAAAAACAACAACUACUAUCAAACACAUUUCGAUCAAAUACUUCAAUUCGAACAAAAUGA